UAUAUAUAUAUAUAUAUAUAUAUGACGUACAGAAUUAACCUUCCCCGUGGGUGUCCCAAUGAUCAGACUUGUGUUUUUGUUUACAAGCGUCACAAACACCUUUCAUAUUGUUACUAUUAUUUUGUAUUGUGUUGUUCUGGUCUUUGGCUUGGUUAGCCAUCCUUGGAGACGGCGUAUUUCCCUCAUGUAUUACAUGAAAGACAGAAAGGAAAAUGCCCCUCAUUGGUCCCAGUUGGUUAAGUGUGUUCCGAUCCCUGCCAAGGUCUGGAUGAACAUGAAUUGCACCAAAAAAAAGCCCGUGCCUUCCAACCACACAAGCGCACAAUAAAACAAGGAUUUGCCUGAUGUCUCAAAUCCCCAAAGGAGUGACUUGUUUGUGGCGUUGCUGCAGCGGCCUAAUGAAUGCCAGUGUCAAGGAAAUGAUCACAAAGCUUUUGAAUCCUAAACAGUCAAGUGGUAACCUGCUUUCUGCCAGCAUCAAUAAGAGUGAUGAUGAGAUGAUAGAAAAGUGAGGGCAACGGAGAGGAGAGGGGUUGGAGGUUAAACCCACAACUUUGACCCGCAGAGGUCAAACCGUAAGUGACCCGCUAUAUCGGUCCAUUUAGUGCUCUUCACGCCUUAUGUCACGUUUGACGUUUCACCGCAUCGUCACUGCACAGCGGUUACGAUUUUAGCCAUGCCCUCCAUCCCGUCGUCUUUAUCCUUCCAUUAAUAUUAUUUCAUCCUGUGAUCCCCUUCCUCGUUGCACAGCUCAAAGCCCUCCAUCUAAUUUUUAUCUUCUGCCAAAUGUAACGCUUUGUGACUGAGCUUAAUUCAUACCUUUUCUUACCCCCCUCACUCAUGUGCAUAAUAGCCCCCUUUUUGAUCUCCAUGUGAAAGUUCACUCUCCUGUUGAGAUUAUUGUUAAUAUAUCAUGAUUGAAACAUGGCUCUGUAUUGCAUUAUUCGCUCAUUUCCAGCUAUGUAGCCGGGGAAUCUCCAUAAUUAUCGCUGGGCGUGAAAGCAGUUCGUUACGAAACGCACCAUCGUAAUGGGGGCCUACUGCGUUUCCCUCGCCAUACUGAAAUGGACUGUGUCAUAUUGUUAUUCUGUUUUUCCUCCCGCUCAUCUCCCUCCCCAGCCCCCUUCCACAUUUACAUCUCCUCGCUUUCACCAUCCCCUCUGCUUCUCUUCUCUUAUCUGUCAGCAGAUAACUAUCAUGUGUAGUUUAAAAGGAUGAUUUGUUGUUAGGCAGGCGCGUGUCAGAAUAAGAGGGGGGGGGGGUGGAAGCUAAAUGAUGAAAUGAGCGGCGUGAGCGGCGCUGCCUUGUCUGUAAUGAAUCGUGCGGCGGGUUGAGGGGUCCGUGGGAGGUCUCUGUUUUGGUUCCAGUCGGCAGCACAAACACGGACCUCAGGUAGUGCGCUCAUCAGUCCUGCUGUUUCUCACCAUAUGGAGUCAAUGAUCUGGGAGAGACUGCCACACACACACACACACACACACACACACACACACACACACAUAUUUAGGUAGGUAGGUGUGACUAGUAUCCAUUGAGAAUAAUGUUUAUUUUUUUAUUGAUGCUGUCACCGACUAUAUGUUCAUUGUUAUGGUUGUUGUUUGAAUUGGUAUGAAAUCUCCUUGAUGUGUGUCUAAUAUUUGGAUUUUCAUGUAUGCUGGCCCAGUAACUCCAAUUUACAGCCACAAUAAAAACAAUUUAAAAAAGAAUAGCAUGCCACUAAAUAUAACAACAAAAAGAAUUGCAGCUAGAUACACUGAAAAUAGUUUCUUCUUAAAUUUGUUAAUAUUUUAUUUUGUCUUAUUUUGGUUGCACAAAAUAUUAUCAAGUGAAGCCAGCUGCAUUUUUAAAGUGGACUAUACAACGAUUUAAAAUCUACUUGGAUCCAGAUGAUUUUAUUUUGUGCAACCACUCGAUGAGAUAAAUUGAGUAAAUUCAACACCCAUUUUUUUUCACUGUACAUAAUAUUUUAGAAUGACUCCGUGAGCCUAUACCUGAACAACAUUGUUGUUGAAUUUUGUCGUUGCAAGGAAUAAAAGCAUCUGGCCCCAGAUGCAUUAAGUCAAAAAUGUAUCUGGAGCCAGAUGAUUUUAUUUUGUGCAAACACUUGACAAAAUAAAAUCGUGCAAAUUCAAUAGAUUUUUUUCUGUUUAUAUCUCCCGUGGUUAUCCCCAUCUGAUGGCCAUAUAGUGAAACUGCUCCCACCCUCCUCUGUAUAGACAUGCAUUUUCUUGUAUCAUCAUUUCUGUCGUUCAUAAUUGUGAAAAUAUUACAACACACGUGUCAUAAUAAUGCAAUUUUUUUUUUAAGAAACACGAUCAAUUGGAUAAUCUCCUUUUCUUCUCAUUCUUUCCAAACACUCAAUUGGACCCCCCCAAAAAACGUACAAGUACAAAUUGAAUUAGACGUUCCCGCCUCCGCACAAUUGAGAUAUAUGUUACAGAUGAUGUACCGUAUAAUGAAUGCCUAAUUUAUGUAAUUAGACCAUUAAGCAUAAUCCGAGCAUAUGCUCUGAAAGCCCCGAGGUCUUUUUCCAGGUACUCCCUUCUGAUGUCAGCGCGCACAGAACAACUAAUGGAGUGGCACGAGGCACACUUCUGAUAUCGCCUGUUUGAUCAUAUAUUAGAAUAGAGGAGAACCAUGCAAAAAAAGAAAAAGAAAAGUCGCGCGUCGUCCCUCUCCCGGCGCGUCGAUUUCCACAGUGCGGAUGGCCUUGAAGCAGCGCGAGCGUCGCGUCAACACGGGGUAAUUUUGGCAUUGAGGAGCUCCUUACGAGGACCCUCAGUCUGCUAAUUAAUUGUCAUUCCGCUGAAUAUUCAUACCUUACCAUCAGAGCGUCCUUAAUUGCACCGUAAAACAUCUCUCUUUGGGGACUGAAAUCACCGCGGACUUAAUUAGAAGCGUGGACCUAUUGGUUGACUUGGAAAUUGUUUUCGCGUGCCCGCUCUCACGCUAAUGCACAAGCCGUGACAAAUCUCUUAAAAAUCCUCAACACUGCGGGCGUGGGGGGGGGGGGGGUGCAAAAUGUAUGUUUUGAAUAUAUAUUUUCUGAUUGGAAAUUGAGGUUUUGCAGCAGGCAAGGAAUAUUUAUAUUUAACAUGUUUUUUUGUGUGUGUGUGUGUGUGUUUUUUUUUACACAGAAGGUGUAUACGUUUUAGGAGCAAAUUGCAUGCACAAACAAAUCUCCAAAACGAAUAAAGUAAAUGAUGCAAACACCGUACAUAUAAGACAUGAACAUAUUUCACAAUUAUAGGCAAACAUUUUUGCAAAAAGGAAAAUAAAUACAUGGUUCAGUGAGUAAAAAGCUCAAUGUCCCAAAUAAUGCGUCACCUCCAAAUUUGGAUUGUGGUUAAAUUGCAUUGUGAAGCACCGUGGCUCUGGGUGGCAGCAUAUCUCAACUGGCUUCAGUGUGUGACAAUAUUGUUUGGCUAUCAUUCGCUGCUUUAGGAUGAAUGGCAUCGAUCCUCUUUUAACAACAUUUGUUUCCUAUUGUGUUCGAGGGGGGCGCAGCAGAGGAGGGCAGACGUGUGAAAGUGGCUGUUUGAUUCUCUUUUUCAUCCCCGUGACCUCGGCUUUUGUGUCUGCUCACCCUGGGAAUGUCACGCCUCACUACUCUACUUUAAGAUGUUGCAGAGAGUGCCCUUUGUUUUCCUUCCUUUUUUUUUUUAACCGCGCACAAAAUUGUUCUUGGAUGUAGCCCCCCUCCCCCCACCCCGUCCCCCGCCUCUAAAGGAUACUUCAGACCGAGGCACGGUUCACAAGUGCAAUGCAAUUUGGCUUAUCCCAACCUUUGUUCGGCUUUCUCUACAAAUGACCAAACAUAGUGCAGACUUGAUCGACUGCUGCUUGAACUCGGGAGUUUGGGUGCAUUCACACUCAAGAGUCACGGUGGUAUUUUUUUCACCGUGUGCACUGGACUGAUAUCCCAUCAAUUUGGAGCCACACACUUUGUGCGUGACAUGAGAAAAAAAAUGUUCACGGCGCUUUUUUUCCAACUGCACAUAAACAAAUACGAUUGACAAAGAUGAAUGAUUUCAAUGAGGCUAAUAUGCGUCAAGAAGAAUGGCGCGUUCAAGCACACGUGACAUUUACAGCAUUUGCAGGAUAAAAUGAGCGUAAAUUCCAGAUGAUGUGAUUGACUUUUACGCGCGUGAAUUAAACACAAAAGGGCCCCUUUUUUUUAUCGUUUUGGUAAAUGCACCACUGAAUGGGUGUCAAAAGUUGUUUAUCCAUGGCGAUGUGUUGUCAUUAUUCGCACUUCCUUUUGCACAAAACCUUUUGGGCCGAACAUUAAUAGGAACUGACAGGUGUUAAAAGCCACUCUGCAGGGGAAGAGAACCCCCCCAGCCCCCCGCCCCCCCUAAAAAAGUACGCUGUUUAAAGAUAUUUUAAGUAUCCACCAUCUUGCAACAUUAGUUUUCAUAAACAUUUUAUUUCAUUAUAUUUUCUUUUCCAAAUGAUCUCUGAGAUAAUGUCCGUCUACGGAUAUCUUGUGCUUUCUUUAGUUCUUUCUAUUUAUUUUUUUUUCGCCCAAAAUGUUCCCCGCAAUGCAAUUCUUUUUUGUAAUCCGUCAGACUGGUGAUGGGGCGCAUUGUGGAUUUAUUGGGGUGGCGGCGGUGGUGUAGGUGGGGGGGGGGUGGAAUUAGCAUAAAUUAUGAGCAAAUCUGCGUGUGCGUGUGUGUGGUCCUCGCCAUUGCAAACCCUCCAAGCGGAAAGGUGGCCCUGGGUUCUCCCCCUUCCCCCCUAAAAAAUAAAUAAAUAAAUAAAAGCUUGAAUAGCAGUCGUUCAAAAUAGGCUUCCCAUUUGGUUUUCACAUUCAUAUAAUUGACUUAUGGAUAUUUUAUACAGUUUUCCCGCACACCAUCUUCAAGGGUUUAUUUGCAUUCCUGAAGUACUUCUCAGUACGCUUUCCAUAAACACAAAGGGGCUGCCUGAUUGCCUCGUCAAGUUGGAGUUUGAACAGCAUUUGUUUGCAUUGGGUUGUCAUGUUUUCAUACCGUCCGCUUCCCCCGAAAUGUUUACAGUGCCUUUUUGUAAACAAUGAAACAAUACAUCAAUCCCUUUAAUAAACUAAAUAGGGAUGAGAAAAAAAUAAUCAUUAAUGUGAUUCAUUUAAACAUUUUUUUACACGUCUCUCGUUUAAAAUGACCGUGUUAUCACCAUGCAAAAUACACGGACUGAAAUAAACUGAAAGUAACUGAUACACACGGGCCGUUUCAUAUCUGUCGGAAAAACAAUGCGGGCGCAUUUGCCCUUUAAAUGAAACUAAAAUAAAACUUCUGCCGCCUGUCAUGUCAAAUAUGUGUGCAAGUGUCAAGCAUAAGAGCAUACCUCCACACCCUGAGUGCCAUCGCCGUUCAAUUCGGGCCGCCGAGCCUUUUCACCCCUUUUUCUGCCUUCAAAUGGAAAUGAUUUCCAUUGGCCCAAGGUGUCCGUGUAAAUGGGUGUAAAUGAAACCAGAUUAUGCCUUCCUCCUCCCUCCCUCCCUCCCUCCCUCCUCUUCCUCCUCCGCCUCCUCCCUCUCCGCCUCCUCCUCCCAUGGCAAUUGUCAUGUGAUAGCAAAGAGGUGGCACAUUAAUGGAAGCGCCUCGGCGGGGGUCUUUUCUGCUCAUGUCACGACAUAAAACUAUCAGAUGUUUCGAGGAGGGCCAUGGAGGCAUCUUCCACUUAGUCCGGGACGCCCCGAUGAAGUCUUGUGAGCUCCUCUAGCGGGACCAAGCUGAGAAAACACGUCCGAGCAAGCAAGCCGCCCCACUUUCUGUCGGCGCACAAGCUGGGAAAACAAGUCCUGCGUGAAGAAACUCGCACCGAGGAAUUAAGAGUGACUACUUGUUUCUUUGCGUGUUGGGUUUUUUUGAGGGGGGGGGGGCGGGGGGAGGAGGGCUGUUGUGUUGAAAACUUGUCUCGAGGAUGCCUCGUCCGGGGAGAAACACGUACAGCGACCAGAAGCCUCCGUAUUCGUACAUCUCUCUGACGGCCAUGGCCAUCCAGAGCUGCCCGGAGAAGAUGCUGCCCCUGAGUGAAAUCUACAAGUUCAUCAUGGAUCGCUUCCCUUACUACCGAGAAAACACGCAGCGGUGGCAGAACUCGCUGAGGCACAACUUGUCCUUCAACGAUUGCUUCAUCAAAAUCCCCCGUCGCCCCGACCAGCCGGGCAAAGGCAGCUUCUGGGCGCUGCACCCCAGCUGCGGGGACAUGUUCGAGAACGGCAGCUUUCUGAGGCGACGCAAGCGCUUCAAGGUGCUCGGCGCUUCCGACCACCUGGCCCCCAGCAAGCAGUCGGACGCCGCCCACUACCUCCAGCAGCAGGCCAAGCUGCGGCUCAGCGCCCUGCAGGCGGCCACCGGCACGCACCUGCCCCAGAUGUCCACCUACAACCUCGGGGUGUCCCACCAGACCUCCACCUUCAAGCACCCGUUCGCCAUCGAGAACAUCAUCGCCAGAGAGUACAAGGUCCCCGGGAGCUUGGCCUUCUCCACCAUGCAGUCCAUGUCGGCCGGCUACCCGCUGCACAACCAGCUCACCUCGGCCUGGCCGCACGUGUACAACAGCGGCGUGAUGGACGCGGCGGCGCCCAUCCCCAUGGCGCCCGGCGACUACGGCGCCUACGGCGUGCCCAUCAAGUCGCUGUGUCACGGGGCGCAGACUCUACCGGCCAUCCCGGUGCCCAUCAAGCCCACGCCGACCUCCAUGGCCGGCUUCUCGGCGCUCCCCCACCACCUGCCCGCCUUCCUGUCCAACUCGCCGCAGUCCCUGAGCCCGACUUCGCCACAGACUGCCACCAGCCAAAGCAGCCCCGCCACCCCCAGCGAGACGCUCACCAGCCCGGCGACGCUCCAGUCGGUGGCCGUGCACUGACCAAACGGAUCGGACUGAACGAAAAACUGCUGGUAUAGCGAAUCCAAAGUUUAGAUAUCUGUCGUACGUCGGACUCUAUUCAAGGCGAGUUUUCCUUAUUGAUUCACUUGUGUAUAUGUUGAAUGUGUCGCUUUAAAUCGUGUCCUGAAAAAAAAAGUCCAGCACAAGAAUUUCGCAGUAUUGCUCUUCAAGAAAAUCUAAAUUAUUUGAAAAGUUCAUAUCGACUUAAACGUGUUGAGGAGGGGCGGAGGGUGUAAGGCCCUGAAUGGGUCAAUAGGUUUCAGUUUUAUACUCGCAAAACUUUUGCACACUUUUCUGUGCGGCCACUGUAACGUCGAUGACACUGACGCUUUCCUCGAAUAAUGGAGUAAUGGACGAGGGUAUACCAAAUAGACUAGAUUUAUUUCCCUGUUUAAAAAAAAAACAAUAACACAAAAAGAAAAAAAAAUCAUUUCAAUAUCGAAAAA